AUGGUCGCCUCAGUUCUUAUCGUCGGCGCAGGCCCCACAGGUCUCACUCUUGCUCUUGCGUUGCUGAAGAAUGGCGUCCCCGUUCGCAUCAUCGACAAGAUGCCCGAGCCUCGGGUGGGGCAAAAGGGCAAUGGCCUUCAGCCUCGUACCCUCGAGGUCUUCAACCUCCUUGGAGUCCUUGACGACGUGCUCGCCAGCUCUGGAACCUUCAAGCCGGUGCGCGUGUACAAGAUGCCGGGUGGAGUCGAGGUGGCGAAGGAAAUCAUUCCGACUACUUUGAAGGAUCCAUUACCGGACAAGCCGUGGCCUAACGCUCGCAGCAUGGGUCAAGACCGCCUCGAAGCCAUCCUCGCUCGACACCUCGAGGCGCAUGGAUGCUUUAUCGAACGCGGCGUGGAGCUGCAAAGCUUCACGCAGAGCGACGACAUGGUCUCUGUCCAGCUAAAGAAAGCAGAUGGCAGCGUCGAACCCGUUGACGUCGAGAUCCUCGUCGGUUGUGAUGGUGCGCAUAGCGCCGUGCGCAAGGGGCUUGGGUUGUCGUUUCUAGGAGAAACCAUGGACGAAGACUGGAUGAUUGUGGGGGAUGUAUACGUGAAGGGUUUGAGUAGCGACUAUUGGCACGUUUGGGGCGGUCCGGGAGGUGCGCCAGGUGGUACGCCUGGCAAUUCCGACGGAUUAUUCUUCAAUCUUCGCACGGCUGAUGAUCCAGGGUUGUUCGCUGUCGUAGCCGGCGGUCCCAAGGCCCGAGAGCAACCCCUGGACACUCGCAAUGGCCUCGUUGAAGCAUUCUAUGCGACGACGGGCCGCACGGAUAUCGAGUUCGGGGUGCUCAAGCACGCAUCUUGGUGGCGCCCGAACAUUCGGAUGGUGAACAAGUUUAGCGAAGGCCGGAUUUUCAUUGCUGGAGCCCAGCGAGGGGAUCCUCGGGGCGACGGCCUGGUGAUGGCUCGGGAUGGGAUAGCAGCUCGUCUACACGCGUGUGGCUCGGGCCUACGGCCCGGGAUCCCUACUCCAACGCACAGUCCGGCCGGAGGGCAAGGCCUGAAUUCCAGUGUUCAGGAUGGUUUCAACCUCGCCUGGAAGAUCGCCCUCGUGCACAAGAAGCUCGCCGCUCCUACCCUGCUCGCCACCUACACCGCCGAGCGCCUCCCCGUCAUCGCCACCAUGCUCCAGAAGACGACCGCGCUGUUCAGCAAGACGCUUGCCCUCUUCAAGCAGGGCGCCGGCGCUGCGGCGGACGAUGCGGAGAGGGAGUGGAAGCGGACGCGGAGCGAGAUGGAGCAGCUCGGGGUGAACUAUAGGGGGAGCGACAUUGUGCUUGACGAAAGGAACCCGCUGGCCGAUGCGGUGCCGAGCGCGUACGGGUCGGGGGAUGGGGUGUUGAGGGCGGGCGAUCGCGCGCCGUCGGCACCGCUGAGGUGUGCCGCUGACGCGGGGGUGCAGAAGCUGUUCGACGUGCUGGGCUGCGAGAAGGACACGGUGCUUGUGUUCACCGCAAAGGGGGGAACGGCGCAGGCCGUCGUUGACGCUGCCAAGUCGCUGCCUAAGGGUGCGGCGGAGGUCGUCGUUAUCACGCCGGAAGGACAGGUCUUUGAAGCCAUUGACGCGAAGGUCCUGCAAGAUGUCGACGGACAGGCAUCCAGCAUAUACCAGGUGGACCACGAGCCGACCAUCGUCGUCGUUCGUCCGGACGGGGUGAUUGGGGCCAUUGUGCUGGAGACCGGAGGAAUCGGGAGAUACUUCGUUAAAAUUCUGGCUUGA